CAUUGCUUUUGAAGACACAUGUAAAGUCAGAGGAUUUUUAACGAUGGUAGACAACGAGAUGAUGACUCACUUCCUUUAUUCUUGGGUACAAGAUGGCAAAUGACAUUUACAUCAUUCUUUUCUUCCCUACCUUAUCUGUUUCUUUGUUUAGUUGUGCACAGGGGUAUUAGUGAGUUUGCACUGCAUGGUGCCAACUCAAGCUACGGUCUACCUACACAUUUUCCAGUUAAGACUGAAUUGUGACAUUUAAAAAAACAGGCUUACAUCAUGUAAAGAAACUUGAAAAGAUGUAUGCAUCAACUGAAAUAAUCUCAAAGGAAAAAGAAGUGAGGACACAAGGAUGUGUGCAAGUUCCAAGUGACUGAGUCAGAAGAAUGUGAUGGGAUCUUUUUAUGGAAUUUUGUGUGAAUUUCCUGCAUAAUCAGAGCAUGUUGAGAAGUUGACCUGUAAGGGUCAGGCUCAGGUUUGAGUCGGGGGAGGAGAGAGGAGGGGAAUGGACCCAGGCAAGACUCGAGUUCAGAGCAGACUAUUUAAACGGGGGAAACCUGCAAAGAGGCAUGUGUCAUCUCUCUGUCAUUCAGUGUUACAGCAGCGCAGCGACAAGUUGAAAAGCACAGGAUGCACAUCCUUCUGGCUCUUCUCUAUGUUUCUCUUGUGGCAGCUCCUGGUUGCACAAGUCUUCCCACAAAGGGAGAAUCCAUAAGAAGAACCAGACACAAUAUAGUAAACAUUGUUCAGAUAUCCCUGGUCCACAUUAAGAAACUACAGACAAUGUUGCCAGCAUCUCCACAGAUAGAAGUAACCAGUCCUUCCAUCGAGGGACUAACUAGUAUCUGCCAUGACCUUGGACUUUUGGAAAACGGACUGCAGAUAGAAGUCCUCAGCCAGAUCCAGGCUGAUGUCUCCAGCUUGGAGGGAAAGGUACGCUCCCUCGCCCUGACAAUGGAGUGUCCCGUCCAGGCCAAACCCAGCGGAGGGACCAUUGACAACUUGUUCCCGGAAAGUUACCUUUACCUGAUCCUGGCGAAGGUGCAGGACUAUCUGGAGCAGCUGCUUCUCAAUAAGGACAAACUCAAGGUCUGCUGAGAAAUCCACUGUUAUAGCACCCAUACAUAUGCCAAGUCUUGCCAUAAUGCUAAUAUACAGAGGCUUAUUUGCACGAAUAGCUCAGUGUAUUCAACAAUGUAAUUUGUCUUUGCCAUAUUAUUUUUAAAGUAGAUCUGUAAGUGGACUAAUUAAUGCUCUUCCUUUGGUUGCAAUAAAUUUUGCAUGUAAUGCAAUUAACUUUUGGGAACAUAGCUCUAAUAUUUGCAAAACAAAGAUUUUUAUAAAAUGUUAAAAAAUAUCUGAAUUGUAGCAUUAUUUUAUAUCAUCUGUAUUUGUUUUUAUAUGAUCUGAAUAAUAUUUAAAUAGUUUUAAUAUGUAUAAAAACCUGAAUAGAUACGCUUCUUCCAGUUUGGUUUACAAUUUAAAAGAUCUUUUGAAUGUUGGUGUGGGUAUUCUAUUUUGUGCAAGCUCUUUUGGGGAAAAGUAGCAAAGCUAUUUGAUCAAUGUAAAAUGUUAAUGGUAUCUGAUUUGAGGUUUACUGUUUAUUUUAUGGGAGCAGAAACAUUAAGCUUACAGAGAGCAACAGAAUGUGAUACCUUUUAGCUGAAAUGUCAUUUGUUAUAAUAAACUCUGCAAUAAAGAUUUUAGUCAAUA